AGGAGUAGUAGUGGGGCAGGGUUUAAUAAGCCCCUUAAAUUUUGCAAAAAAAAGCGACGUCAUUUUGUUUCCACUUCCAUUUCACUGUGACGCUGCAUUCUGUAUCAGGGUUCAAUUCAGUGAUAAACCUCUGAAAAACCUCAGCUUGAAAUCUUCUCAAUUGAAACAACCCAACAAAAAAAUUGAAAGCUUUUUUCAGUAUUCAAUUGAUUCAAAUGGCGUUAAUUAGAUCAAGAUUUAUGUUUUCUCUCUCUAACACCCCCCUUAAACCCUUCUCCACAUCCGCCAUUGAAACUCUGCAACCCCAGAAAUCUGAGCAUGAAGAUGAUGGCAAUGAUGCUCCGGAAAAACCCAGAAAACCUUCCAAUAUCUCUCCUCAAGAAUCCCAAAUUGCAGAUGAUUUCCACUCUUUAAUCAAAGACCAUUUCCGCAAAAACCCUAAUUUCGAAGAAAGCCCUAAUUUGUUAAACCCUAAUUUCACCAUCCCUGAUCUUUCUAUCUCGUUCUCGAAGAAACUCUGCACCGUCGAUUCUCUCUCUCCUGCUAUCAUAACCUCUGUUAUCGAACGGUGCCGCGCUGUCCGCCAUGGCAUCCCGUUUCUCCAAGCUCUUGCUUUCUUCAACUGGGCGAUUGGGCUGCAAGAGCGUGGCGAGUUCAUUUCGGAUGAGGUAUUUGAGGAAAUGAUCGACUUAGCUGGGAAGGUAAAGCAAUUUGAUUUAGCAUGGAGUUUGAUUGAUUUGAUGAAAAUGAGGAAUUUACCGGUUCCUGUAGAUGUUUUUAAUUCGUUGAUUAGAAGGUAUGUUAGGGCAGGAAUGGUAGCUGAGGCUAUCCACGCUUUUAAUCGAAUGGAAGACUUUGGUUGCUGCCCCGAUAAGGCGGCGUUCACGGCUGUUAUUACCAUUCUCAGCAAGAAAAAGAAGGCUGCAGAUGCUCAGUCGUUUUUUGAUAGUUUAAAACAUAAGUUUGAUGUUGAUGUUGUGCUUUAUACUAGUUUGGUUAAUGGUUGGUGUAAGGUGGGAGACAUUCCGGAGGCUGAGAGGGUGUUUGGUGAGAUGAAGAUGGCUGACAUUGAACCAAAUGUGUACACUUACACCAUUGUUAUUGAUGCUUUGUGUAGGCACGGGCAAAUUACUCGUGCCCAUGAUGUUUUUGCAGAGAUGAUUGACAAGGGUUGUCAGCCAAACGUUGUGACCUUCAAUAAUUUGAUGAGGGUGCACGUUAAGGCUGGGGGAAAGACUGAGAAGGUUUUGCAGGUUUAUAAUCAGAUGAAAAGGCUUGGUUGCAGCCCUGAUGUGAUCACCUAUAACUUUCUGAUUGAGUCACAUUGUAAAGAUGGGAAUCGGGAUGAGGCUACUAAGUUGAUCCGUCAAAUGGGGAUCAAGGGAUGUAUUCCUAACGCGCAUAGUUUUAACCCGAUAUUCAUCUGUAUAUCCAAGGCUAAAGAUGUGAAUGCUGCUCAUCGGUUGUUUGGGAAGAUGAAGGAGUUGAAGUGUGAACCUAAUACAGUGACAUACAAUGUGUUGAUGAAGAUGUUUGUGGAAUCAAAGUCGACUGAUAUGGUUUUGAAGCUCAAGGAGGAGAUGGAUGAGAAUGGGAUAGAGGCUAAUGUGAAUACGUAUAAGACAUUGAUCUCAAUGUUUUGUGCGAUGGGGCAUUGGUCCAAAGCUGCCAAGUAUUUUAGAGAGAUGAUGGAGGAGAAGAGUUUGGUGCCAAGCUUGUAUCUUUACAACAUGGUUCUGCAACUGUUGAGAAACGCUGGACAGCUUAAGCUGCAUGAGGAGUUGGUGGAAAAGAUGGUUCACAGGGGAUUUGUUGCCCGUCCUAUUUGAAUUUUGAAAGGCAUCGUUAUACUCUGUAUGUGCUUUAGUGUUUUGAGGUGGAUUUUUGUGGUGCUGCACAUUGCUACAACUUGGUUGUCAAUCUUACUAGCCCAUGACUAAUAAGCCAGGGAAGAAGAUACAAUAAUUUUGUAAGCUAUGUCCCUUGAUCCAAUCCAAUGAUAUAUGUAGCGCGCACAGUUUUGUUAACGAGGGGUAGAGUUCCUGAUACAAAAAAAAAGCUAAAUAAAGCAUUGCAGGGUUUCUCCUUUAAUGUCCUCGUUUUAAAUCUUGCCAAGCUCGCGGCAGAUCAUGGAAAUGUUUACUGUUGGGUUGUUCGACCCCUCUGUCUGCUGAACCAAUCCGUUUCACUAAUUGUUACAGACAUUGCUCAGUAGAUUAACUUUUAUGCUUGCAGUUGUGUUGCAGACAAUGGUGAAAUUUUCAUAAAGUGCGUUAAUCUAGAAUCUUAAAGCUUUUGAAUUGGUUUAUGAUGGCAGUUGCUGA